GAUAGUCACAUGCUUUACGUAGACUGGAUUUUGCAAUGUUGAUAAUCUAAAUAGGUUACUAUUUCAUUACAUCUUCGUAUGAAUGGUUUUAACUUUUAAACAUUACAUAAUACACGUUGGCGUGUAUUCGUAAGGAUUAAAAAUACGUUGGAAAGAAAGGACACAUUUCAAUUAUCGGAUAUUGAUCAUAUUUUCUUCCAUAUAUGGAAUAUCGGUAGUAUUGAAUGAAGAAAUUCCGGUUGAUGUAGACCAAACACCGGCACUAUGUCAUCACAGGCAAGUUUUAGAUUGGACGACACAGAAUCACCUGUGUGCCUAACAGAAGUAAAUCAGUUUAACAGUCCAUGGUCAACAGGCAGCUUGGCCUUUGAAGACAACCUGGCCUUUAAAAAUAAGAACACAAACCCUGAGAUAAGUAACACAUAUGAACAAGAUUUAAUAAUCAUGCAGUCAAUGAAUUUCAUUGAAGCAAGUGAAAAGCGAGUUACAGCCAUACCAGAAUUUCAGAACGAAAGUUUGGCAUCCAGCUGUAGCUCAUCGCCGCAGUCCCAAUCAGACAGUCCGUCAACAAAUUUUGAAGGAUUAACAAUACUCGGACCUCACCCAAGUAGUGAUACAUCAGACACUCUUUCACAGAAAUUAUCCGAUGCGGAGGAACCAGCUACUUCUGAUUCAAAUGCUAAUUUUUGGACUGAGGUUACGUCCUCUACAGAUGGCCUUUUGUUUGCUUACAGUGAGGAUUCGCCGCCUAAUAAUGGUACCGUGACCAAAGAUUGGAAACAAAAUGCUUUGAAGUAUCCACCAUGCGCUGUUUGUUCAGGGAAAUCAUCAGGACUCCAUUAUGGAUGCUAUACAUGCGAAGCUUGUAAAAACUUUUUUCGACGUUAUCUGUUACGUAGUGGCGGUUUUAACUGUAAGAAAAAUAACAACUGUCCAAUUGGCAAUAGAAGCAGGGGAAACUGUUCCGGUUGCCGGCUGAAAAAAUGUUUAGAAAUUGGUAUGUCCAAGGAAAAAUCGAAAAUCGGACGUUAUACACAUUCUCAGCGGACGGAGACAAUCAGAGAAGUUAACAAGCUUGAGGGAAAGAUGUAUGUGGAUGAAAGCCCAGUUAAACUAGAGAAAGAUUUAGAAAAAGCGCAGACUGAAAAUAUGACUCAGGAAGUAAAUGAAACUGACAAUUGUGUAUCAGUGCCUAAUUCCUCUUUAAGUAAUGUGGGGGAGGUCUUAACGGAAGGCGAGCGGGAUCUUUUGAAAGAGCUUACUGAAUCAAUAGAUGCGAUAGAACAUUUUGGUGAAAGAGGCAAGACUGCAGAGGGUAGAAAACAAAUUAUUGAAGAACACUAUGAUCGCUACCUUGCUAAAGUAAAACUGUUCGGUCCAUUGAAGGCAAUCCCGAAGGAUGAGUAUUUCACACUAUUAAAGUUACAUAAUAUUGACUUAGAUGGCCGCUGGAACUUGUUUAAACAAGAAGCGAAUAACUGUGCUCAUAUUGUGGAGAGGUAUUGUAAAUUUGCUUAUAAAAUUCCAGGAUUUCAAACUAUAAGCAUUAAAGAUCAGGAAUCGCUGUUAAAAGUAGGUCACUGUGAAUUUUUUGUCAUUCUGAUGCAUGAUGGGUAUGAUCAUGAACGGCAAAUUUUUCUUGAAAUGAAUGGAGUUCCGGCACAUAUCGAGGAGGCCUCUGAUAAGAUUUUUUCACGAUAUUUAAUCGAAAUACAGGCCGACAUAUUUCAACGCUGGCAGAAAGCUUGCCUUUUGAAGGAAGAAAAAACUCUUCUCUGUGCAAUGUCAUUAGUUUGUUCUGAUCGCAUAGACCUUGAAAACCCGACAGAAGUUGAAAAAAUCCAUACAGAUCUGACAAACCUGCUGAUGAAAGUGUUACGAAUUAAUUACGGGAAAGAAGCGCAAAAAAGAUUUGCCAAAUUCAUAGACAUUCUGAUGUUUUGUCGUCAAGCAGCAGAUGCUUAUUUCAAAGAGUACCAAGAAAUGAGUCAGUUUGAUAUGAUUCAGCAGGUUGCUCCGGCAUUCCCUGCACUUUGCCCAGAUAAAUUCUGAGAUUUUCAGGCUGGAUGAAUAUAUGCAUGUAUUGUACCUCAUUAUUUACCGAAGCACUGUCUAUUGAUUUUAGAAUGUUACAUGUGCUUGCCUUCUAGCCAUUUUUGUGUGAAACACAAUCUACGAAGAUGGGUCCACUUAAAACUGAAGAUUGGCAACAGUUAAAAAAAAUUUACAUGGUUUAGAGAUGCGUAAUGUGCACCUGUGAAAAAAGUUCUGUUUAAAUGGUUUAGAGAUACUGAAUUUGUUAGAAAUCUUAAGGGGAAAAGAUUAGGACCAAAAAUCAAGUGUUUUUUAAAUUGCAAUGACGUGUCUUUUUCCUUUUUAGCUCGACUAUUCGAAGAAUAAGUAGAGCUAUCCUACUCACCACGGCGUCGGCGUCACACCUUGGUUAAGUUUUUCGUACCAGUCCACAUUUUGACAAAGUCUUUUGAGAUAAAGCUUGGAAACUUUCAACACUUGUUUACCAUCAUCAUGGCCAGUUAUAGGCAAGAGCACAUAACUCCAUCAAGGAUUUUGGCUGAAUUAUGGCCCCUUUCGACUUAGAAAUCAUGGUUAAGUUUUUCGUACCAGUUCAUAUUUUGACAAAGUCUUUUAAGAUAAAGCUUUGAAACUUUCAACACUUGUUUACCAUCACCAUGGCCAGUUAUAGGCAAGAGUACAUAACUCCAUCAGGGAUUUUGGCUGAAUUAUGGCCCCUUUCGACUUAGAAAUCUUGGUUAAGUUUUUCGUACCAGUUCAUAUUUAGACAAAGUCUUUUGAGAUAAAGCUUUGAAACUUUCAACACUUGUUUACCAUCACCAUGUCCAGUUAUAGGCAAGAGCACAUAACUCCAUCAAGGAUUUUGGCUGAAUUAUGGCCUUUUUGACUUAGAAAUCUGGGUUAAUAUUUCGUACCAGUUCAUAUUUUGACAAAGUCUUUUGAGAUAAAGCUUUGAAACUUUCAACACCUGUUUACCAUCACCAUGUCCAGUUAUAGGCAAGAGUACAUAACUCCAUCAAGGAUUUUGGCUGAAUUAUGGCCCCUUUUGACUUAGAAAUCUUGGUUAAGUUUUUUGUACCAGUUCAUAUUUUUUGUAAAGUGUUUGACAUAUGGCUUUGAAACUUUUAUCACUUGUUUAGUAUAAUAGGUAGUCUCUAUCUGUAGGAAAGAGAACAUAUUAACUCUGUCAUCUAUUUUGGCAGAAUUAUGGCCCUUUUUGGACUUUGAAAUUGGUUCUGUUUUCAUACAAGUCCAUGUUUUGUCAGAACUAUUUGACAUAUGGCUUUUAAACUUUGAACACUUGCUUAUCAUUAUGAUUUACAUCUGUAGGCAAGAGUACAUAACUAUUUUGACUGAAUUAUGGCCCUUUUUGGACUUUGAAAUUGGCUCAUAUAUUGCCAUUUAGUGCAAGACUUAUCGAAAUCAAAGUAAUACAGGAACAUUGUUUGUCUAAUCUAUUUAUUUCUUUUGUUUGAAUAUUCGUGGAAAUAUUUUGACCCCAUUCUUCAAUCAAUUCUUCGAAUAGUCGAGCGCGCUGUCAUCAGACAGCUCUUGUUGGUUCUUGAACUUCAGUAUUGAGUAAAAGAGUUUCUGUGGGUUCAUUUUUUGUGCAUCAGGACGUUUUAGUUAACUGCUAGGCAGACUUUCUGUAGACUUUUAUCACAUGUUGUUCUAGAUAAGACAAUAGGAAGUGAAUUUUAAGAUUCCCCCUAUGGAUAUUUUCACAUGUCAUAAUAGUGUACUCUAGUACUCUGUAUUGGACAGAGGGAAGGGUCUAAUCAAGUGCCUGCAGCUUUUAAUUGGCCUUAUCAACAUGAUUAUUUUGUUCAUACUAGGUGCAAGUUAUUCAAUUUUUCACAGGCAGCAAUUUUGGCAUAUUGUAUAUUUUUGUUAUAGUAAAAAAAAAAAUUUAUGCGGUUUGGCCCCAUUGCAGGGUAGUAAGAUUGAUGACAUUAACCUUUAGCCUCCUAAAUUUCUAAAAUGGACUGGUCCAUCAUUCAGUUUGGGCAAUACCAUUUAUUGUUUGAAGGGGUGUUCACUGAAAAUUUACUGAUUAAAUAGCAAACAGUGCAGGCUAUGAUCAGCCUGCAUGUCUGUUCAGGCUGAUCAUAGUCUGCACUGGUCGCAGAGGCAGAAUCAUUUGCCAACAGCAGGCUAAAGGUAAAACCACACCCCGCAGCAGGUUUAAAACACUACAAGAGGCUUAAGGAAGGAGGUUGGUUCUGCCAAGGUACCUGCCUGUACCUGAAAUAAAGCCCAGGGGAGCACUGGGGGUCUUUCUGCACUGUCAAAGCUGAGAAGUCAAAAUAUGCCCUAUGAAUUAUGACAAUCAUUUUUAUAUGUUUAAUGCAUGAGGUGAACUGUUUAUCUUACUUUGGCAAAUGAGUUUGUGCACAACUUGCUGCUCUAAGCAGAUUGCAUAUGCUCAAAUUUGUCAAUUUUUUAAGUAAGAAGUUUUGCCUUAACAUUGAGACUUAAUAUUUUUCAGUGAUCUUUCACAUUUAUAUUAAUACAUUUAACAUGUUCUUUUUACCUUUGCUAUUCCAAGAAUAGGCAGGAGUUGAGAUUUUGUACAAAAGCAGGUAUCUCGGUAAUUAGUGACAAUACUUUUGAAUAGUCAAGCAUUGCUGUAAUCCAAUAGUUCUUGUUUUUUAGUUCCAGUUCAUAGAUAUUGUACACAACUUUAUAAAGUACUGACAUCAUAUCCUUGGAUUACCUAUGGUUUUUUAAAAAACAAUCAAAAACGAUAAUUAUGCAUUGUACAAAAGGUUAUAUGAUACUAUUUUGUCACGAAAUAAAAGUUUAGAUGAAUUUCAAAAUGUAGUGGGUAAAUAGUAAAUGCUUGAAGCAUUUAAGAGGUUCAUAGCCAUUGUUGAAUCAAAGCUGAAAAUUGAAUAGCUUUUAAAAAUGGGAGUAUGCAACAUUCUGCAAACAUUUCUUAUCAGAAAGAACUAGAUGAAACUUUAACAGUGAUGAAAAAAGUAUCAAAAUUAGACUACAAGCAAAACGUUUAUAAUCAUUUGAAUACCACAUAUGUAGUUAACAGCAGCCAUUUUGGGCACAGUGACAUCAUCAUUCUUUCCUUAUAUGGGCAUUAUCAUAUAUUGUAAAUCUGUGAAUAGCAACUAAGAGAAUCAUAUUUUAAGGACAAUAAUAUAAUAGGAACUUUAGUGUGUGUGUGUGUGUGUAAAAGUGUAUACCUUAAAUUUAAUUUCCAUGUUUAAUUGCAUUUUUAGCUCGACUAUACGGAGUAUAAGGAGAGCUAUCCUACUCGCCCCAGUGUUGGCGUCAGCGUCUUUCCGCGUCCCCACCUUGGUUAAAGUUUUGGUGCACUUUCUCUUUUUUCAACUUAUCUCUGUAAUUACUUGAUGGAUUUGAUUCAAACUUGAAAUACUUAUUCCUCAUCAUCAUCCACAUCAUCUGACAAAAGGGCCAUAACUCUGGCACCAAUAUUUCAUGAAUUAUCUCCCCUUUUCACUUAGAUUUUCAGGUUAAAGUUUUGAUGCACUUUCACUCUAUCUCAGUUAUUACUGAAUGCAUUUGAUUCAAACUUAAAAUAGUUGUUCAGCAUCAUCACCCACAUCAUAUGACACAAGGUGCAUAACUCUGGCACCAUUUUUUCAUGAAUUAUUCCCCCUUUUUACUUAGAAUUUCAGGUUAAAGUUUUGGUGCACUUUCACUCUACCUCUGUUAUUACUGAAUGGUUUUGAUUCAAACUUGAAAUAGUUGAUAUUACAUAUCCAUGAUUUGAUUGGCUGAGUGCUGUCUUUGCAAGCCAGCAAAAAACGGUAAUGACUUAAUUGAAAACUUUGUAUUUAAAUCAAAAUUAAUUAAAAUUGAUAGGUUUCCAGGUAUUUUGAUAUACCGGUAACAAUUUUAGAUAAUUACAUAUAUGCAGAGGUCAAUAUGUUGUUGAUGAGUCUGGAAGUAAUUUUGACCUAAACAGCAUCAUCACCCACAUCAUAUGACACAAGGUGCAUAACUCUGGCACAAUUUUUUUUAUGAAUUAUUCCCCUUUUUACUUAGAAUUUCAGGUUAAAGUUUUGAUGCACUUUCACUCUAUCUCUGUUAUUACUGAAUGGAUCUGAUUCAAACUUAAACAAUUGUUCAACAUCAUUACCCUUAUCAUAUGACACAAGGUGCAUAACUCUGGGACCAAUUUUUCAUGAAUUAUUUCCCCUUUUUACUUAGAAUUUUAGGUUAAAGUUUUGAUGCACUUUUACUCUGUCUCUGUUAUUACUGAAUGGAUUUGAUUCAAACUUAAAAUAGUUGUUCAACAUCAUCACCCACACCAUAUGACGCAAGGUGCAUAACUCUGGCACCAAUUUUUCAUCAAUUAUUCCCCUUUUUACUUAGAAUUUUAGGUUAAAGUUUUGAUGCACUUUCACUCUGUCUCUGUUAUUACUGAAUGGAUUUGAUUCAAUCUUAAAAUAGUUGUUCAACAUCAUCACCCACACUAUGUGACACAAGCUGCAUAACUCUGGCACCAAUAUUUAAUGAAUUAUGCCCCUUUUUGCUUAGGAUAUACUUAUAUAGUGUUUUGAUACAUUUUAUCUUUACCUCUCUUAUUACUUUAAGUUGAUAUUUUUGACAUAGACUCAGGCUAUUGUGCAAUAUCUUCAUCCACAAUUGGAGUCAUUAAACACUCCAGUGACAGUUCUAGUUUCCUCAGAUGUGCCCAGUUUCACUAUCCAGCAUCGAAAUAGUCGAGCGCGCUGUCUCCUGUGACAGCUCUUGUACAUAUUUUUUGCCAUGAAUACCAUAUUUGGUAAUGGCCAUAUUAGGAAAGGAUGAUGAUGUCACUGUGCCCAGUAUCGCUGUCGUUUCAUUAAAUUGAUAACAUUUAAAUUGCCAUAUCUGUUAUUAGUCCGAUUUUCACACAUUUUUCGCCAGUUAAUAUUUUUCAUUAAACUCUAAAUAUAAACGUUGUCUGACAGAUGUUGAAUAUUCCACUUUGAGACGAUUUACAAUCUUAACUAUAAAAGUCGUGUUUCUUUUUUCUUCAAGAGAAAAUUGUCAGUGAUAUCUUUUUAUGUCAUUGAUACAUGUACAUAUCAUAUAUAUCAAUGUUAAGUUUAAUAGAAUGUUUACUAAUCCCGGUGGAGUCAAGUGCAUUUCUUAACUAUUGUUAAAUACUGUAAUCUGAUUUGGGAGUAAGGGCCUUAGGAAAUUAAAGAAGUCAAAAAUAUUUAGAUGGUCUGAUUAAUAUUAGUGCCUCUUUGCUUAAACUCAAACUGUCAAAUACUUUAACAUAUACUGUUGAAUUCUUCAGCCAGCUGGCUUACGGGAGGUUGGAGUUCUACACAGGUACCCGCUCGUGUUGAAAUAAUGCACGGAGGGGCACCUGAGGUCUUCCUUCACCAUCAAUGCUGGAAAGUCACCAUAUGACCUAUAAUUGUGUUGGUGCGACGUUAAACCAAUCAAAAGCAAAAAAAAAAACACAAAUAAACAUAUUACUAAAAAUCAUUUAAUUUCAUUUCCAUGAAACUUUGUGGUUUUGACCAAAAUGGCUACUUUAUGGGGAUUGUAAAUUUAUGGAUUUAAUUUUUUAUGCCCCCAAAGGGAGGCAUAUUAGUUUUCAACUGUCCGUCCGUUAGUUUGUUCGUUCGUCACAACGUUAACUUUUUGCAUGAAGGCACUUUACUCACGAACCACUGCACCCAGGACCUUCAAACUUCCCGUGCUAAUAGUACUAGUACACGACCCCUAUUGACUUUGGGGUCACCAGGUCAAAGGUCAAGGCGCUGCGGGGGCAUUUGUCACCAUUAGUGACAGCUCUUGUUUAAAGAUAAAAUAAACAGAAACUUCUUUUAUUCUUUGGGAUUGAAUUUAGUGGAUUGCAACAAUCCUGAAAUCAACUGAAAUUAGCCCCAUCAUGAACUAUAAUUAUUUCACAGUAUUUGGAGCUUUCCUUGCAUUUUCAUUUCCUUUUUCUUUUUGCAUGAAUUAGAAAGACUUUUACAUAAUUUUUUAAUAUAAGAGGAAGAAACAAAAAUCACUUGAAAUGAUUACUGUAAAACUAUCAAUAUUCUUGGGGGAUUUCAUUGUUGUACUGAUUCAUGAAAUUAAGUUCCAGUGAACAUAUAAAAGGUCGAUUCGUAGUAUCUGAAAAACCUUUAAUUGGUUUAUUUAUACCCCAGUAAAAUUGAUGUUUUGUUUAAAAACACAAAAUUUCAUGCUCUUAAAAAUAAACGAUUUCACAGUUUCAUAAAGUAAAGCGAUCGUUAGUGUGCACAAAAUUAGCAAUAUUUGUAAAUUUUCUUAAUAUGUAUUAUAAAUUAUAUAACUUCAGUGUGAAAUAAUGCAGUGGUAUGAAGGUACAAAUGUUUGAAAAUCUGGUACCUUAUAUUUGAAGCAGAUGUCAGUAAAGGAUAAAUCUCCUUUACCAGGGACACAGCUAAAACUCAGAAUGUUUGCACACCCAUCAUGAAAGGGGCUUUAGGGGCUUGCUCCCUGAUCAAAAUAUACAUUAGAAUUACAAAAAAUUAGUAGCACGCCCAGUCCUUCAGUGCAUACUUGGAGCUUCGCUAAUAUAGACUUCUUUAAAGAUGGGCAGGCAAAUUAUUCCAUUUGACUUUUUUAUGUAAACAUGUUUAAUGUCGGAAAAAAAUCAAUUUAAAAUUGUACAUCACUAUAGGUUAGGUUUUUAGUGAAAAUAUGAGGGAUUUUGUCUGUCCUUAUUACGCUGAGAGGGUAUUUGUUUUGGGGUUUGUUAGAAAACUCUGAUACCCCAUAGAAACAUGUGACUUUAUAUAUUAAUGACAGUCUUUUUAUUGUCAGUAAUAAUUAGGUAUCAACACUCAGGAUUUUUCAUUGUAGAUAAUUGGAACCUGUCACGAAAUCUUAACAGCAAAUAAGAAAUAUUCACACAUACAGAAAAAAACCUUCCGCAACUCUAGAAGUUUUCUCAUCAUAGGCUUUCAUCUGUGAUUUGAGAGGAAGCUGUUGUAUUUGAGUACACAGUCAUUUUAUGCUAGUAACAGAGAUCGUAUAACCAGUCAAUUUCUCAUGUGUACAGUUACUAUGGUAACAUACUGCCUGUUUUGUGAAUAUAAAAUUUUUUUCCAACAGUGAGAAAGAUUGUAGAUGUUGGUAUGAGUAUGAGCCUGUGUGGCUGGGCAGAUAAGGUUGUUCCUUUUGCCAUGAGGUUUGAGUCUUGCCAGAAGUCAUUAUCAUAAUGAUGAACUCAUCCAGGUAGACAAAGUUGCUUAAAACUUUGCCCUCUGGUUAGAUUUUCUGCUGGCCUUAAUUUUGAAAUCAUUUCCUUUGAAUAUAUUACAGUACUGAUUUUGGUAUAUGAGCAAAAUGCUUGAAUUAGCCAAGGUUUUAAGCAACACAAAUAGGGGCCAGUUAAGCUCACAUAGGAAAAUAAGGUCGCAUCUUUUUACAUAGGAAGAAAUUGUGAUGCUCAGUAAUAACAGGGGCCUCUGUGGCCGAGUGGUUAAGGUUGCUGACUUCAAAUCCCUUGCCCCUCAUCGAUGUGGGUUCGAGCCUCACUCGGGGCAUUGAAUUCUCCAUGUGAGGAAGCCAUCCAGCUGGCUUACGGAAGGCCAGUGGUUCUUAACCCAGGUGCCCGCUCAAGUGCACGGAGGGGCAACUGCGGUCUUCCUCCAACAUCAAAGCUGGAAAGUUGCCAUAUGACCUAUAAUUGUGUUGGUGCGACAUUAAACCCAAUAAAACAAAUAAAAAUAACACAGGGGCCUCUGUGGCGGAGUGGUUUAUGUCGCUGUCUUUGAACAUUUUAAAAUGACGCCGUCUAGAUUAACAUUGUUGCCACAUCCCAAGUUACUUUUGACAUGACAGAAAAGCAGUGCUGUGAUAAUCUAUACAUGUAAAAAAAGAUUUGUCAAAUACAUAAAAUGUAUAGGAUUUCACAAUGUACACUUCCCAUGACAGUAUAUAUUGACAUUUAGUAGAAAUUUUUUUUUUAAAUCUUCGAUCCAUUGACUACUUUAAGGCACUUGAAGAAAAGCAUAGAACACAGUGGAGUCUAUUUGUAAAUAAAAUUCACUGAAACUUUUCUAAGUUGAUAAUGAGAACCAUUCUUAAUUUUCCUUGUUCAUCCAUAUCAAUAUUAUUGUGUAGCAGAUUUUCUACAUUUGAAAAUAGCCUAGCCUACGCCAUAACUUUAAACUUGUCUGACACUUGAUCAGCAAGAUCCGUCCAUUUGCCAACAUCUGUAACAAAAUAGUUAAAUAAGACAUUAAUACAAAACAACAGAAGCAGUAGUUUCUAUAAUUAUACUAGUCAUGUUCCGUGUGAACAUGAUUGUAAUUACGUCAUAGACUGCAAUUCGAUCCUUGAUAGGAAACCAUGACAAUGUAAUUAAAAUUAAAAUUUGAAUGACGAAGUGCAAACAUUCGUGUUUGUUAAAAUUUUAACUUUUAUAUAAGCGGGAAAAAAUGUUUUUCGAGAUUUAAAAUAGUUGUUAUUGAAUGCAGCCAGUUUUUCUUUUCUUUUUUGAAUGACUGCAUAGACAGAAAAACUUGUGCAUGCAAGUCUAUACAUGAUUAGAUGUACCAUAAUAUAGCACAUGCGGUGACAAAACAAAAAAAUAAACAGCACAAGACUGAUCUUUGUUGCACCAUACCAAUCCUCAGUAGAUUUAAUGUUUAAAACCUGUAUACGUAAUUCAGUCAUUUUUACAUCAGUACGAGAGAGAAACAGGUUUUUAGAAUUAAAAGAUAAAAAUUCAAUGUAAUGGUUGUUUGUAACAAACAUCAAUACCUUAGUCUACUGUAGGUUCAGCAGAAUGUGGAUCCUUCUUGUCCAGAGUGUUAAUAUCCAAUCUGCUGUGAACUUUAUCAGGGGCCUCUGUGGCUGAGUAGUUAAGGUCGCUGACUUGAAAUCACUUGCCCCGCAUUGAUGUGGGUUCGAGCCUCACUCGGGGCAUUAAAUUCUUCAUGUGAAGAAGUCAUCCAGCUGGCUUAUGGAAGAUUGGUGGUUCUUUACCCAGGUGCCAGCUUGUAACCCAGGUGCCAGCUCGUGAUGAAAUAAUGCAGGGAGGGGCACCUGGGGUCUUCCUCCACCAGAAAAGCUGGAAAGUUGCCAUACUACCUAUAACUGUGUCGGUGCAACAUUAAAGCCAACAAAAACAAAUUGAGCUUUAAUAUCACCUCAAAUCAAAGUUUCUGCCAUGGUGUCUGCCAGUGUGCCCAACCCUUAUGAAUGAUUAGUGUCUAUCUGUUUGGGUUUUGAGAAUAUUUUAUAAUUGCUUAUCAUUAAGGAGUACAAUGGGCUCAUUUCUCAUUAUCAAAUGAAUUUGCACUAGUGAGAUAUGAGGCUGAGUUGUGACUGCUGGAAAAGCUUUUUCCCAGCUAAACUGAAUAUAGAUUAUAAGAAAUUUUACCUACCAUUAUGUGUGAAUAUUUCUUGACUUGGUGUUAACUUUUUGACAAUAUAUAUGUGUAAGAUGAUUGUAAACAGUUUAUUUCUAACAUAUUUAUUUUGCUAUUGUUGUUUCUGUUAAUAAAUUUAAUUACAUUUA